AUGAUCGAGGUGAAAGAAGAUGAUCGCGACUUCCUGCGUUUCCUAUGGUGGGAGGACGCGACCCAAGAAAAGCUAAUAGAAUUCAGGCACAAGAGGGUUGUUUUCGGAGUUAAUUGCAGCCCCUUCAUACUUGCUGCUCUGCUGGAAAAACACCUGAAGUCGGUGAAAGCAGAGUUCCAGCCAUUAGCAAAUAAACUGUUGGGAUCCCUUUAUGUUGACAACUGUGUGACAUCAUUGGACACUUUUAAAGAAUAUGAGACGUUCAAGGCUUUAUCCACCGAGAUUCUCAGUGACGCCAAGAUGAAUUUGCGUCAAUGGGAACACACUGCUGUGGGGACAUCCGGAAUCGAGUUCAACCGUUACUGCGGAUUGGAUGGCGGCAGUAGUUGUGUUCCACAGGAUUCAAGUAUCAAGAUUACAACAAUGGUUUUGGGUCUCGUGUGGGAUAAAGAUAAGGAUACUCUCAGUUGUAAAAUCAAGAUUGCAGAUUUGCAAGAGAAGUUGACCAAGAGGGUAAUCUUAUCGAGAAUUCAAAAGAUUUUCGACCCGAUUGGCUUUAGGUGUCCAGCCACCCUUCAGCCGAAGAUAUUACUGCAAGAGGCUUGGGCACAGAAAUUAGAAUGGGAUAAGGAGUUGCCUCAAGAAAUGCAGCAGAAGUUUGUGACAUGGUGUGAAGAAAUGGAAUGCCUCGCCAAGAUAAAGAUACCAAGAUGGGCAUCAAUUUCAGCUUGUCGACCUCAAGAUCUACAAUUCCAUGUAUUUUGCGAUGCCAGUCAAGCAGCAUAUGCAAGUGCGGUGUAUGUAAGAAUAAGAAUAGGAGAACAGGUUCAAGUCCACCUCCUCCAAGCCAAGUCCCGGGUUGCACCACUAAAGAAAAUGACGAUUCCAACACUGGAAUUAUUAGGAUGCACAAUCGCAGCUCGGAUGAUGAACUCGGUCUCUGACGCUUUAUCACUGGACGCCGGUGUUACCACCACUUACUGGACGGACUCCACGACGGCUUUAGCGUGGAUCCAAAGAAAUGAUGAUUGGGGAACGUUCGUCGGAAAUCGCGUGCGAAGUAUCCUAAAUUUGACAAAUUGUGCAGAGUAUUGGAGACACGUUCCUGGUGUCAUGAAUCCAGCCGAUCUCCCCUCCAGAGGAUGUGAUGCUAGAGAGCUUCUGGAAUCCAAAUGGUGGGAGGGACCCGCCUGGUUAAAAGAAGACGAAGACAAAUGGCCAACCAGAGUAGUUGACCUCAAUGAAGCGGAUGUUGCCACAGAGAAGAAAAUAACAUCCACCCAGAUGACCAGUACAAGUCAGGGAAGAAGUUCAAUUAUGGGAUUAGAAACCAUUAUGGGCGAAGAUGGUAUCAUUCGAAUGGUAACCAAGUUAUUCCACUGUCAAGAACCAGAAGGAUUCCAUACACCAAUGUUGUUACCAAAAAUCCAUCCAGCUGUGGAAAUGUUGAUUCGAGAAUCACAUUUAGAGAAUUCUCAUGCUGGUGCUCAAUUCCUCAUGGGGAACUUCAGAGAAAAAUAUUGGAUUCUCCAAGGAAGACAAACAAUAAAGAAAGUGAUUUCGUCCUGCGUUAGAUGCAGACGAUUUAACGCAAAGAGACCAAUUGUGCCAUGUGGUCAACUUCCCGACAACAGAGUCAAGAUGGGAAAAGUACUUGAAGUCACAGGAGUCGACUACGCCGGCCCCCUCUACCUGAAGGAUAAGAGUAAAGUCUGGUUUUGUCUUUUCACGUGCGCGGUGUAUCGAUGUGUCCACCUGGAAGUCGUCGACUCUUUGUCGACGGAAGCAUUCAUUUUGACGUUGGAUCGCUUUGUCGCAAGAAGAGGGCGUCCAUCCGUGAUCUACAGCGACAAUGGAACCAACUUCGUUGGAGCUGUAAAUUUAUUCAAGAAUAUGGAUUGGUCUCGAGUUGAAAAGGAAACUGGGACGAAGAGGAUGCUCGGAAACGCAAGAUUGAAUUUUGACCAGUUGGUGUCUUGUCUUUGUUCCGUAGAAGCAACGGUGAACGGACGGCCACUUACAUUUGUCACCGAGGAUCCCACAGACUUAAUUCCCAUCACUCCUGCAAUGUUCAUGCAAGAUGUGCAGGAUACGAGUUGUCCCAAAGUUGGAAUUUUGGAAGCUAUGCAGGUUUUAAUAGAACAGCUUCGUGGGAGGUUCAGAAAGGAAUACCUCAGCCAACUCGUUCAGCGCGGACAAGAGAAGGAACCCAAGACGUUCAAGAUAAACGAGUUGGUUUUUAUCGGCAGUGAUAAUAAGAAGCGAGUGGAAUGGCCUUUAGGAAGGAUUAUUGAACUCAUCUCAGGAAAGGAUGGGAAAGUUCGAGUUACUCGAGUUAGGACUCGUACCGGGAUCUUCCUAUGA